CAAAAUAGAAUUGGGGAAAAAGUUAAAAUAUUCCUCCCCUUGCGGCGCAUGGACUCCGUUCGCGGCCGCCACGUCGCACACGGCUGCCCUGAUUCCCUUCACGUGCCGCUAGCUCAAGCGGCCGAGCCGGUCCAAAAUACCCGCCAACACACCUCUCCAAAUCUUAUACCCCACCAGCCCACCGGAAGGAUUCCUGUUCCGUCUCUUCGCAUCCCCGAGAAUCUUUCCUUCUUUGAUCCCUACUUUCCGUAAAAACCAACGAAAACCCUAGAAGUCUCGGUGGCUUUCUUUGUAUCUCCGCUUCUUUGGACGUUCUCGUGGGCCUGUUAAGUGAUCUGAAAUCAGGUUGGAGAUAGGUGAUUGAAUGUCAUGUCUCUUCUUAGUGAAACUCUCCACCCUGCUUGCUCAUUAAACCAGCAUUGUUGGCAGUGGGCUCGAACCUACUUGAACUACUGUCUGUAUAGUGUAAAGGAAGGCAUGGCUUUAGCUCUUGGAUUGCUUAGUGUUGUCAGUUGGGGUGUUGCUGAGGUUCCUCAAAUCAUCACAAAUUACAAAGAGAAAUCCACAGAAGGCCUUUCAAUUGCUUUUCUAAUGACAUGGAUUAUUGGAGAUCUAUUUAAUCUUAUUGGUUGUCUGCUGGAGCCUGCUACUCUGCCAACACAAUUUUAUAUGGCAUUGUUAUACAUGACAACUACUGCGAUUCUGACAGCACAGACUGUAUAUUAUGGUCACAUCUAUCAUCGCCUGAAAGCUAACAAUGACAGAAUAUGUCAUAAGAGCCACAGACAUCACCUUGAAGACGAAUCAACAAAAGAAAGGCUUCUAGGAUACAACAUGGAUGACAAGGAACCAAGAGCCAGUAAUUAUCAGGCAAAUGGAUCAAAUCCCAUCAGGGAAGGAAUGCAUAUGACAAGUUCACCUAUUCCUGUGGCAGCACCUGUUAUUGGUCGCUAUGGUUCUUAUGGAAGAGACUUGUAUUACAUGUCAGCUCGUUCUUUAUCAAAGAGCCCAAUCCCUACAGCAGGUUCAUGGUUAGCACAUUCACGUGAUUCCAGCAGAACACCUCUCAACCAUGAUCAACAUUUGUCACACGAGCCUUUGGUGGUUAGGCUCAUUCCACCACAGUCUGCACCGCCUAUGAACACUAAAAAUAUGCUUUCUGUGGUACCUUCUGCAGCAUUUUUCCUUGGUGUCUACAGUGUCCACCUUUUCAUGAAUAGGGCAUUCAGUACAUCAUCUCAUCCAGCUGUGAUAUUAGUGGGCCGAAAGCUUUUACAGGAUCAGGUUUUUGAGUCACAAGUGAGACAUGGCGAUGGAAGCAGUGGAAUAGGAAGCUUACUUGGCUGGGCAAUGGCAGCUAUAUAUAUGGGUGGAAGGCUUCCUCAAAUUUGCUUAAAUAUCAGAAGGGGCAAUGUGGAGGGCCUUAGUCCACUGAUGUUUAUAUUUGCACUGAUUGGAAAUGCAACAUAUGUAGGAAGUAUUGUGGUGAACAGCUUAGAUUGGUCUAGAAUCAAACCUAACCUGCCAUGGUUAGUGGAUGCAGGAGGAUGUGUUCUUCUGGAUGCUUUUAUUCUCCUCCAGUUUCUAUAUUUCCACCUUCAGAAGCCCAUUAAUGUUGCAAGCAGAAAUAACCAUUUUGAUUCUUCUUAAAGGAAGCAAAUUUGAUUUUUGGUGACUUCGUAGGUGAAUUCAAGCACUCCCAAGUCAAACCUCUAACUAGGUUUCUGCUUAUCAGCAUUUGAAUUAUGCUGGCGCAAGAUAAUCAUGCCAAUAUACAAGUUGGUGCCAAGAUGAUAAUUCUGAUUGGUUUCGUUUUUUCCCCUUCUUUUGAUUUUCCAAAUGAAUGCUAUUUUCCAAUAUUCUCGUUAAGAUGUGUAAUAACCUGGAGGAUAUGAUUUUCUUUCCUUCUGUUUUAGCUUGAGUAUAUGUUCUUGUGAUGUUUUUAGUUACUCCUUAUAAGUCUUCAAUUUUUGAUU